GCCAGUUUCAGUCGAGCCAGCGCAGUGACCGGAGUUGGUAGACAAGUCUUAGUUGCUCUCGCAUCCGAGCCGCUUAGCGCCCACCGAUCGUCGUUGUUCAAUGAUAUGGUGACCAAAGUGCCGGAAUGAGGAGGAGGACCAGCUACAGCCAGGCGGGCAGGCAGGCGAUAAUAAAGAGAGGCGUUGCGUUGCAAAGGACGUGGGUUGACAGUGAGAUAUAAGAAUAAUAGUAACAGUAAUAAUAGUAAGAAGAAGAGAAGUAGCACGGAUAAUAAAGGUGGUGCAGGUUUUUCAAAAUAAUAUUAUAUCUAAAGAAGAUACGGACGUUUAGUUGAAAACAAGAAGAAUACCGUGUUUUUAUAUGUCGUGUGUAUGUGGCAAGAAGUGAGAUAUCGUUGGUCACAAUACUGGAUACCUUACCGACGUCUAUAUCUGGAUUAUCUCAUGUCAGGAUGGCCCUGGCACGGAUCCCGGUGGUGAGUGACUGCGCACCGCAGACGUCGCGGGUCACCUCGAACUUGCACAGCAGCAGUAGCAUGGCGGUGAGCCGGGUCCCGAGCCCUCCGCCGCCCGAAGUCAACACCCCCGUCGCUGAGAACUGGUGCUACACGCAGGUCUUGUGUGCACAGGUGAAGGUGGUCAAGUUCAGCUACAUGUGGACAAUAAACAACUUCAGCUUCUGCCGAGAGGAAAUGGGUGAAGUCCUCAAGUCGUCUACUUUCUCGGCAGGGGCAAACGACAAACUUAAAUGGUGCCUGAGAGUGAAUCCUAAGGGUUUGGACGAGGAAAGUAAAGACUACCUCUCUUUAUAUCUACUGCUCGUCUCGUGCAACAAAUCUGAAGUCAGAGCAAAGUUCAAAUUUUCUAUUCUUAAUGCCAAAAGGGAAGAAACCAAAGCUAUGGAGAGCCAGCGAGCCUAUAGGUUUGUGCAAGGAAAGGACUGGGGGUUCAAAAAAUUCAUACGAAGAGAUUUCCUACUAGAUGAAGCAAAUGGACUUUUGCCCGAUGACAAACUCACGAUAUUCUGUGAGGUAUAUACCUUUGUAAGUGUCGUUGCUGAUAGCGUAAACAUCUCUGGACAGAGUAAUACGAUACAAUUCAAAGUUCCCGAGUGCCGGUUACCCGACGAUCUUGGACUACUAUUUGAAAACCAAAAAUUCAGUGAUGUUACUCUUACCGUUUGCGGUAGAGAAUUCCAGGCACAUAAAGCGAUACUUGCUGCUCGAAGUCCUGUAUUUUCGGCAAUGUUUGAGCAUGAAAUGGAGGAACGAAAACAAAACAGAGUCGAUAUAACGGAUGUUGAUCACGAAGUCUUGAGAGAAAUGUUACGCUUUAUAUACACGGGGAAAGCGGCAAAUUUAGAAAAAAUGGCUGAUGAUUUACUCGCAGCUGCAGAUAAAUAUGCACUUGAAAGGCUCAAAGUAAUGUGCGAAGAGGCGCUAUGUACAAGUUUAGCUAUUGAGAAUGCGGCGGAUAUUCUUAUCCUUGCUGAUCUUCAUAGCGCUGAUCAACUCAAAGCCCAAGCCAUAGAUUUUAUUAACACACAUGCAACAGACGUGAUGGAUACGGCAGGAUGGAAAUCAAUGAUUCACUCUCAUCCACACCUCAUAGCAGAAGCUUUCCGUGCUCUAGCGACCCAACAGAUCCCACCAAUCGGUCCGCCUAGGAAACGAAUGAAGCAAAGCUGAAAGCAGACGCCCUUAGCCCCGGGGAUAACGACGACGUCGCCCCCUCCUCUAUUACAUCCCUCUUGACUCUGUGUACAGUGAUGAAAAAGAAAGGACAGAAGAUAAGAUUAGUGGUGAAUGAUAAAGUCAAUGUUUCCUAGUGCGUUCCCCACCACUGUCACCACCACCUGGUCCAGAGUCCAGAUACUGAAUCUGGAAAUAGCUAAUGACUAACUUGUCACAUCGAUGAGCUGACAUAACAUAAACAUCGUACAGAUGAGCCAGAUGCCAGUUUCAAGCGAUACAAUAUGGCUAAGGCGCAUUCCACCAAACCAGACUCUUGUGUUCAGUGAGUGCUGUCCGUGGUAGAGAUAUUGUGACUGGUAGCCACUCGUCGCUUGCUCACCAUAAAAACAUAAAAACAAACAACAAUUAAAGAAAAACCCACCCAAUUGAGGAUUUGUUGAUAACUUUCAUGCAGCAAAGUGUAUAUUUUGUCCAUUUGGUGACGAGGAAGGAUGAAGAGAUGAAUAGUAUAUUGUAAAGGAAUAAUGAAGAUAUCGCGUGUGUUCUAAUUUUCUCCUUUGUCAACCUCGUUGAUAUCAGAUCGUCGUGUGUUGGCAAAUACAGUUUUGAUAGAAACAUUGAUUUUGGCGUACGAUGUAACAGAUUUGUAGUGAAUAGACUUUAACCGAUGGACCAGGACGUUAAAAUACUUGUGUGUUGGCACGAAACGAAGUAUAUAAUGAGGAAAAAAUAUAAAUAAUUGAUGAAAGCAAAAAAAUUGAAUUAAUAAAUAAAAAAAAGUUGUGAUAGACGUCAGCCAGACGACUAAGUAUAAAUUUUGUUCCUUUGUCAACGGAUCAAACGUUACCCCCGAUGUGGGGUUAGAUACUUUGUUUAUUACCUAUAGUGAUUUAUAAUUAUAAAAAUGUGAAAAUUCUUCCAUCAAUGGAGAAAUGAUUCUAGUUAGUGUUUUUUAUGAUCUCUUUCUCUCAAUAUAAUUAUGUAUAACUAUUAACUAUUAAUUAUCAAUAUGAUUUCUGAUAACUUGCUGUACAUGCAAAUCUGUGACCCUUACCCUCCCCUCCCCUCCUGUAUUUUUGUAUAUUUUUUUGUCUGCAGAUACCCACCCUCCCAAGCUGUGACACAGUUUGGGAUUUUUGUUCCCUCAUCGUCUAUAAAACGUAUUAUACAAAUGGUAGACAAGAAAAAAAAAAGAACGAACAAUUUUUGUUGAUUAAAAAAAUAAAAAGUUAAUUAAGUGUAUUAAAUUUUAGGGUUGUCCAUAAUUUAUGAGAAUUUUGUGUUGAUUAUAUAAAUAAUUAAGAAAUGAAGAAAAACGUAUAAAAAAAGAAAACGCGAAAAGGUGUCUAUCAUUUUUCGCAUGUUUUGCUCACGCGUACACGAUGCUGGAAAUUAAUGUGUAUGCAGGUAUGAGUUACGCAUUCAGAAGAACGAAAACCAAACAAAAGGGAAAAAAGUAAAAUGUUGCAAAUUGCAUUUUGAAAUGGUUAAACGUUAUUAGCGAUAAUAAGUGGAGAUAAAAAAAAAAUAAAGUUAUAAAAAUUAUUUAACAAAAAGUAAUGAUAAUAAAUUAGAAAAAGAAACACACACAUUGUAUAAAUAAAGUUUAGUCAAUUAUAGUAUGAUGAAAUAUUAAUCGUUUUGUGUAACUAAUUAAUAUAAUUGUCAAAUUGAUGAAAAUUGUGUGGUGAAAUGAACUGAAUUAUGGGCAACCAGAGACGAUGAUCAUUCUGUAUAGUAUGUACUGAUACUGAUACUAUACUAACACUACCACUGCUACUGCUACUGCUACUGCUACAACACUAUACAACACUACUACUACUACUACUACUGUUACAACUACUAUUACUGCUACUACUACUACUACUACUACUACUACUACUACUACUACUACUACUAUACUACUACUACUACUACUACUACUACUACUACCACCACUACUACUACUACUACUACCACCACUACUACUACUACUACUGCUAUACUGGCUUCCCGAUCCUCCUACUAGCUAGAUAGUAUCGCCAACUUAAAUAUAAAAAUACCUUAUACCAUUACAUUAAUGAUGUCGAAUAUUAAUGCCAUACAUGUUCUGUGAUAAGACCAUUAUAUUACUGCAACAAAAAAACAUUACAUCUCUAAUCUAUCCUUUUUUCCCUCUUUCCCUCCUGUAUUGAAAAAUAUCCUUCUCUACGCAGAUCUUAACUCGUACUCCGAAGAACCUGUCCUUCCGAUUCCGCAUACCAAUCCCAUACAGCCAGUUGAGAAGUUAUAUUGGCUUUGGCAGCGGAUAUUGCCCACAUGGUCCUGGAGGUAGUCCAGAUAUGGUCCAAUUUUUAACUUGUUGUACAUAAAGAUUGUAUAAAACUAAGACAAAA